UCACACCCAGGCUGACAGACUCUUGACUUACUUAUUUUUUUGUUUAAACAGCUGAGCAGGCCAAGAAACCCAACCCCUCUCCACCAACCAGAGCCCCGCCUCUGCCCCAGGAGGCCUGGAGUUGAAGGCCAAAGAGGGAGAGGGGACUGUACUCUGGGUGGGGGAGCGUGGGCUCUGCUGCCUCAUCCAGUAGGACCGCAAGGGUCACUCUAAAAAUUGCUGCUGCUGGGACUCCUCAGGUGGCUGCUGGUGGCUCCCCAGUGCGGUUUCCUUUCCCUCCGUCCCUCUCUCUCCCCACAGAUUGCUUCCCAAGAGGAGCCUCCUGCUGAAAACUCAUCAUUACACAUCCCGACACCACACAAGAGGGUAAGGAGCUGGGACCACGAUCUCCAAUUCCUGACUUCUAGAUUCUAGGCAAUAUCUUGCCUGUGACAGUGUGUUUGCCAACAUGGCCCCCAAAAAGAAGACUGUGAAAAAGAGCAAAGGAGAUAUUAAUGAGAUGACCAUAAUCGUAGAAGAUAGCCCUCUGAACAAACUAAACACUUUGAAUGGGCUCCUAGAAGGAGGCAAUGGCUUUAGCUGCCUUUCUUCUGAAUUAACAGAUGCUUCUUAUGGCCCCAACCUCUUGGAAGGCUUAAGUAAAAUGAGGCAAGAGAACUUCCUUUGCGACCUAGUCAUUGGCACCAAAACAAAGUCCUUUGAUGUUCACAAGUCAGUGAUGGCUUCGUGCAGUGAAUACUUCUACAACAUUCUAAAAAAAGACCCAUCUACCCAAAGGGUAGAUCUCAACGAUAUCUCACCGCUGGGCCUGGCUACUGUCAUUGCAUAUGCCUAUACUGGAAAGCUGACACUCUCUUUGUAUACUAUAGGAAGCAUUAUCUCUGCUGCUGUCUAUCUUCAGAUCCAUACCCUUGUAAAGAUGUGCAGUGAUUUUCUGAUACGAGAGAUGAGUGUUGAGAAUUGCAUGUACAUUGCUAACAUUGCUGAAACAUACUCCCUGAAAAAUGCCAAAGCAGCAGCCCAAAAAUUUAUCCGGGAUAACUUCCUUGAAUUUGCAGAAUCAGAUCAGUUUUUGAAACUUACAUUUGAGCAAAUUAAUGAACUUCUCAUAGAUGAUGACUUACAGUUGCCUUCUGAAAUAGUAGCAUUCCAGAUUGCAAUGAAAUGGUUAGAAUUUGACCAAAAGAGAGUGAAAUAUGCUGCAGAUCUUCUGAGCAAUAUCCGCUUUGGUACCAUCUCUGCACAAGACCUGGUCAAUUACGUUCAGUCUGUACCAAGAAUGAUGCAAGACGCUGAUUGUCACAAACUUCUUGUAGAUGCUAUGAACUACCACUUACUUCCAUAUCGUCAAAACACAUUGCAGUCUAGGCGCACAAGAAUCCGCGGGGGCUGUCGAGUCCUCGUCACUGUUGGGGGACGUCCAGGCCUUACGGAGAAGUCCCUUAGUAGAGACAUCCUGUACAGAGACCCUGAAAACGGAUGGAGCAAGCUUACAGAAAUGCCAGCCAAGAGUUUUAAUCAGUGUGUGGCUGUGAUGGAUGGAUUUCUUUAUGUGGCUGGUGGUGAAGACCAGAAUGAUGCUAGAAACCAAGCCAAGCAUGCAGUCAGCAAUUUCUGCAGAUACGAUCCCCGCUUCAACACCUGGAUCCACCUGGCCAACAUGACCCAGAAGCGCACGCACUUCAGCCUGAGCGUGUUCAACGGGCUCCUGUACGCCGUGGGCGGCCGCAAUCCCGAAGGCAGCCUGGCCUCGCUCGAGUGCUACGUGCCCGCCACCAAUCAGUGGCAGCCCAAGACGCCCCUGGAGGUGGCGCGCUGCUGCCACGCCAGCGCGGUCGCCGACGGCCGCGUGCUGGUGACCGGCGGCUACAUCGGCAGCGCGUACUCGCGCUCCGUGUGCGCGUACGACCCCACCGGCGACUCGUGGCAGGAGCUGCCGGGCCUCAGCACGCCGCGAGGCUGGCACUGCGCGGUCACGCUGGCCGACCGGGUGUACGUGAUGGGGGGCAGCCAGCUGGGGCCGCGCGGGGAGCGCGUGGACGUGCUAACCGUGGAGUGCUACAGCCCGGCCAGCGGCCAGUGGAGCUACGCGGCGCCGCUGCUGGUGGGCGUGAGCACGGCGGGCGCCUCGGCGCUGCACGGCCGCGCCUACCUGCUGGGGGGCUGGAACGAGGGCGAGAAGAAGUACAAGAAGUGCAUCCAGUGCUUCAGCCCGGAGCUCAACGAGUGGACGGAGGACGACGAGCUGCCCGAGGCCACCGUGGGCGUGUCCUGCUGCACCCUCUCGAUGCCCAACAGCGUGACCCGGGAGUCCCGAGCCAGCUCGGUGUCCUCGGUGCCAGUCAGUAUCUGAACCCAGGUAGCUGCGGGGACGCAGGAAGGGCAAACAGGAAAAUACGUAACAUUUACUACAAUGAUUGUAUCUUACGCCGUAUCGAGGCGUCUGUCUUGGUAGUUUUGAAUUCCUGGUAGGGCGGGCGUAAUCUACCUCUUUUAAAAAAAAAAAAAAAAAAAAAAAAAAAAGGCAAAAUACAGGGCUCUGGCCAACAAAGAAAAGAAACCAUUUAUUUCAGCGGCCACUGGGUGGCAGACGGAAUUCGUCGUAGGCACUCUUCCCGCCGGGGCACGGCCCCUUCGUGGAUAGCGGUUACACCCACAUUUGAGAUUUUUCCUCUACCCUUUAGUACACAUGAAGCUUAUGUGAGUAAGCAAUUUCGGGUACGAAAGUUGAUCUUCUCUCGUCUUUUUCUUUAGGAAAUUAAAAGUGUUCAGUUACCGCUUUUAUUUUAAAAUGGAAGGCCAUCUAAAUCCAUAAAGGUUAAAUUCUACGUUUAAAUACAGUUUCUUUUUCCAUACGCGACUGAGUAAAGAAUAUUGAAAGGCGUCCCAUGAUAACGUUCUAAAACUUAAAACAAGGUUUGACUGGAGAGUAACAGGGACUCCUCCCUGGACUGUCACACUGAUCCCUUUGGUUUAUCCCUUAAUUCUCCUCUAAUUCUGUGCCUCAGUCCCCAGGGUAUUUGCUAUUGAAAAAUACUUGCUUUCAAAGAAGCUACUUGUCAUUUAGUUUAUGGUGUAAAUUUUGUAAAUUUCAGUCAUUUUGUUGUUUCUCCUGGAAGUAUUGGCACUUUAACCUUUGUCCCCUAUUAAAGGAAUUGCCAGUAUCAUGGCAGUCUUACUUUGACCCUAAAAAGAUGCAACCUUGACCCUAAUAUAAGCCCCAAGAAGAACACCAGAUAAAACUAUGGCCGUAAGGACUAUUAACUUAAAGCUUAUAUAGCCCGUAGAUUAUACGACUGAUAGCAAUAAUUUGAUUUCCCUCAUUUUUUAUAUGGAUGAGAAUGAAGGGAACAUUUGGAAUUCUUGGGUUUGGCAGUAACAGGAUGAAUGGCUUCUCCUGUUGGUAAAUGUCACCAUUUCCCAUUUCAUAGCAAUUCUUCUGAUUUCCUAAUUAAAACUCUAACACAUUCAUUUCACAUGGACAUAAUAAUGCCCUUCUGUUCUAUAUAUUUUAACUUCAUCUGCUCCAAAUUAGCUUUGCAAAUUAAAAUGUAUCCACUGGAUAUCAUUUCUCUUACAUAUUUGCCAAGUUUUAGAGCAAGGGAAUGAUUGUAGUAAAUGAUAUAUAUUUUCCUUUCUUACAAUUAAUCACUCUACUCUGGUGGCUUAUUUGUUUUGGAGAUGUGGCCUAUCAAUUAUGGGUUAUGUGCAAUUGGUUUUUGAAAAAUAAAACUAUUUAAAUGGUUAACCAUGAGAUGUAUGGAAAUCUAACUGGGUUUUCAUUAGUCCCAUUUCUCCUACCCUAUGUAGCUAGGUUGUUGCUAGAGUUACAAUAUUUAUAUUUAAAAUAUUUUAUUUGAACUGUGAAAAGUGGUUCAUAUAGUACACUUUGUGGAACAAUUUUAUAUCAUCGCCCCUUAUGAAAAGUUCAGUCUAUGUGUAUUUAACAGUAACACUUGGUAAAGCGUACAACACUGUAAACUAAGAACAAGGCAUUAUUAAUGUAAAAACACUGGGCUGUCUCCUCACCCCACACAGAACAUUCGGAGCUUCUCCAAGUAGGGAGUAGGUCUAAAGGCACCUGCUCCCUUGACUCAUUCUCCAGCCACACUGGAGAAUAAAGCUGUACAAGAAACAAGUUUAUGGAACAAGUUAAACCACUGAGCCCCUUAAGCUAUCAGCAUACUAACUAUAGAUAAUUUUUGUCCUUGCAGGAUCUUUGAUAAAAUAAACUUCAUUUUUAAUAAAUUAGUUUGGCCACAACUAACAAAACCUAUGUGAGGGUGGCUAUGACAUCUUUUAGUUUGGUAUAAAUAUAAUAUAUUCUUGUACACUUGAGCAGCCUAUAGUAUCUUAUAAAUUUUGAAAGGAAGAAAGGUGAUUUAUUGUGGAUCACAGGUCACAAGUGGGGCAAAUAGGCAUAAUUCCUGAUGUACAAUAGUAGAUGUGUCUCCCAUUGAGAUUCUAGAGGUUUUGUGAAGUGGAGGACCUAACGCUUGGAAUGAAAUAGGAAUCAAUCAGUUGUAACAUUUUAUCUUGGAAGAAUGAGGAGAGAUUGAAACGAGAGGGUUCUUCAGCCUUCAGAGCUUGGUAAGAGGUUGUCCACAGACUUGGCAGUGGCUUUCUAGACAUGAGAGUGAAGACAUGUUAGCGCCGGAUAAAUCAUUUAAAAUGACCAUGUAACAUAUUUUCCAUAUUGUUUAUCUGAAGAUUCUGAAAACACACCCGUCGAGGCUUACCAGGUACCCGGAUGCGUCGCUGUUCUAUCUUAUGCCUCAACAGUUAGGUCAAUAAAUAAAGACGGUAUGAAUUUAGAAUCCUGGGAUUUCUGGCAUGGCAAAUUGAUAAGGAGGGUGGAACAUUAGGGUGGGAGAAAUGGGUGGGGUCCUAUCCUGGAACAUCUCUCACGGACAACUGAAAGACAUGGAGGUCUAGAGAAUCAAAAUAACGUGUGUCCUGGUUCGUGUGCUGGAGCCAUUGCUCCUAGAAAUGUGACGGUUUGUCCAUGUUUCCCAGCUGGAAAACGAUGUCAUUUCUAAUGUGUUUUGAGCUUACAUUUAGUUACACUUCCAGCCUCAGGAUCCAACUCCGGACCUCCUUUUAUUUUUCUGAAAGAAAAGGACAUCUAAUUUUUGUAAUGUGUAUUUUGUAAUCGCCAAGUCCUGCGAUUAAAUAAAAGCAUCAACUCAAUCCAUCAGAGCAGGAGCAAGUUCCCCAGCUGCUGAAGGGAUAAGCUGUCUUUUUCUGAAUGGGCCAGAUUCCUGAUGUGCUAGUCUCGAGGAAGCAAGACUUUAAUGUAGUCUGUCCGCUUUGAGUUAGACUCUUGGUGCUUCGCUCUUGUCCCUGGUGCACUAGUUGCUUUAAGUGACUUUGAAUGAGUUUCAUGUUUACUUCUUCUGGUGUAAGACUGGUUAAGUAUAGAAAGUCGGUGAUGGUGCAGAUUAAUAUAAUUCAAAUCAGUGAUUCGACGAUAGUGGGGUUUUAGGAACGAAGAGGUGUAACUGGGGAAAGAAGGAAGUGAAAAUGUACUAAAUGGUUCCUAUUUAAGCCAGAGCAGCAAUUAUAGUAAAUAUAUUUUACAAACAUGCAUGUAACUAGAGGCUUCCCUGGAAAUACGUGAGUGUUAAAAGGCCAAUUUUUUGCUGGUUAUCUUGGCCAAAUAUCUUCAGAAAUUGAUCCAAGAUACUAGACAAAUUGGAAUCACUUCAUUUUUUCCCCCGAGUUACAAAGAAACAUGUCUAUGUAAUCUUCUUUAAAGGACUCUUCUGCAUUCUCUUUUGAACGAAUGUUCUCUGAAUGAGCUCCGUCCUCAUCCGAGCCACUGAUGAAUACGAUUUCUAGCACAAGAUAGCAUUACAAGGAAUUAUUUUUCAGUAUGUCUCUUCAUACCAGUAAAAACUACAGCAUAAUUACCUCAACACUCCUCUGUGGUAAUUAUAAGAACUAAAGAUUCUAAAAUAUUAAAGAUUUACCCUCCAGCACAUUCAGAGGGUAAAGACCACCUAAAUUUCCCUCCCAGAGAAUUUGGGAUAAAAAUACUUGUCUUGGACACUCCUUUAAAAAACAAACAAACAAAAAACCUUUGUAUUUAUUCAGCAAAUCCUGGCGAAACAAAACAAAUUCUUUCUUUAAAACAUUCUGGUAUUAUAUAAGGAACAACAAACUAAAAUGUAUGUGUAUCUGUAUCCUUACCACUAUCAAUAAAGCUGUAUUCAGUGAGAACUUAGUCAAUAUCA